AUGCAGACCCGGGUCGUGUUCCAAGAAAAACCCGACAAGAAAUUCGUUAAUAAGAACCGGGAUUCUUCCUAUGCAAUCGUGGUUGUCGGCGAGCUCCCAUAUGCGGAAACAGACGGUGAUAGCAAAGAGCUCAGGCUGGCACUGGAUGGGGAGGAGACUAUCAAGACUGUGUGCAAGGAGGUGAAAUGUCUGGUUAUCAUUGUGUCGGGUCGACCUGUUGUGAUAGAGCCUUAUGUUGACAUGAUGGAGGCAUUGGUAGUUGCUUGGCUUCCAGGGAGUGAAGCUGGAACAGGGAUUGUUGAUGUUAUAUUUGGGGAUUAUGAUUUCCAGGGUAAGCUUCCAAAGACAUGGUUUUGGUGGGUCGACCAACUGCCGAUGAAUUUUGGGGAUCCGUAUUAUGACCCGCUAUACCCGUUUGGGUAUGGGCUCCAGAUGGGUAUCCAAUCACACAAAAGAGGCUUUGCAUCUUCUUUUUCAUCUAUUUGA